AUUUAUUUUAGCUAUUCAGCCCAAUGCAUUUAUAAAUUUCCUGACCGAAGCCACUGAAAGAGCUAGAAGGUAUCUGGGCUCACUACUUAGCACUUCACACUGGCUGCAUAUUGGCACAGGCCAUGAAGGCCUUGAAAAUGAAAGAGCGACUGACUGCCUAGAACACAUCAAGUGACCGUGUGACCAGAGACACCCAUGAUGAGCUGGAUUCUAUCAGACUCACCAAGCUAUGGAGUGAGGCACUUAGGUUGUUUCCAUACUUUGGAUAUUGUGAAUAUGCUGCAAAGAACAUAGAGAGAGAGCAUGAGCAGAGUAGGGGCAGAGAGAGAGGGAGACACAAAAUCCAAAGCAGGCUUCAGGCUCUGAGCUGUCAGCACAGAGCCCAAUGAGGGGCUUGAACUCACAGACCAUGAGAUCAUGACCUGAGCCGAAGUUGGACGCUCAACCGACUGAGCCACCCAUGCGCCCCUCAAAAUGUUUUAUUAAAAUAUUAGAGGAACAGGAUAAAGAAGAAAAGCACUUUCUAUAGGGAUGGAAAUUAAUGACAGUUUCUCUGAGCUGCCUGAUGUCAGAGCCGGGAAAGGUGUGAAGAGUAUAUAAGAGCUGGAUUACUCAUUGGCAAGUGUGGGGGCAAAUACUCCAGUGGAUGCAAGCUUGGGAUUGUUUAUAAAGCUUUCUUACCAUUAGAGGCAUUCUCUGAUAUUGCUGACGCUGAAACACUAAAAGAAAAUUUGAGAAGCAAUGUGCCUCCUGAAACUUCCAGUAGUUCUCAUUGUGCUCUUGGUUGCACUACACCAUCUGAAAGCUACCCCCAUUGAAAGUAACCAAGUGGAAAAGCGGAAAUGCAACACUGCCACAUGUGCGACCCAACGCCUGGCAAAUUUCUUAAUUCGUUCCAGUAACAAUCUUGGUGCCAUUCUUUCUCCUACCAAUGUGGGAUCCAAUACAUAUGGAAAGAGGAGCACAAUUGAUAUUUUAAACAGGGAACCAUUGAAUUACUUACCCUUUUAGAGGUCAAUGUACCUCUAGAAUUCUUUUUGUUUCAUGUACAAAUAUUCUAGUGAUUUCCUGUGUAAUUUAACAUUAGCAUGAACCUGCGUCUGUAUGUCCCAUGUUUGUUGCCAGUACAUAUAAAUUGUCUUGAAAAGAAUUGUUUUAAAUUUAACACUAAUUAAGGUCCCAUAAUAAAAAGUCAGUAUCUUUAAAAGUGAA